AUGAAGGGAUUUAUUCUCCGUUUUUUUGAAGGCAUUUUUUAUGCUUGCUUGUUGAAGCUUUCAUUUGACAUGCCAUUGCGUCUACACUUCUUUUCAGUAGUGCUACUUCUUUCCUUCCGAACUUGUUCUACGUACGAUGUAAUCUUUGCCAUAAAUUGUGGAGGUGGUGCUCAUGUUGAUAGCAACGGUAUUUCAUACGAUCCAGAUACUCUUGAAACUGGAAUUGCAUCCAGCCAUGGACUUUCCUUAGCUAUUAUGCGAGUAAAUGAAUUGGACCGCAGGCUUUACCAGACAGAACGAUAUAGCACUGACAGCUUUUCCUAUAAACUUCCAGUUCCGCCGGAUGGGGAUUAUGUCUUAGUUCUGAAGUUUUCAGAAGUUUGGUUCAGAGAUCCCGGUCAGAAGGUUUUUGAUGUCAAAAUUAAUGAUGAUAUCUCGCUAAUCAAGAAUCUGGACAUUUAUGCAAGUGUUGGAUUUGCCACAGCUCAUGAUGAACGGUUUCAAUUGAAAUUUCUAAAUGGAAACCUAUACGUUCAAGAUGAAUCUACUGUGCUUUCUGUGGAUCAUUUUACCGUAGAUUUCAAGAAGGGUGCACGAGAUAAUCCGAAGAUAAACGCUAUUCUUCUUCUCAGAGGCUACCUUGAUGGAACUGGACCGUCAGCCCUCUUUGACUUUACCUCCAAAGUCAUGUCUUCAUGA